AUGGCUAAUCCAAUCCAAAUACCCACUGGCCUUAAUCUCAAUCAAGAAGAACAAGAAGUUUUUUAUAGAUUGAAUAGACAAGAACGAUUAAGAUUUAAUGCCUUGCAAGACAAUAAUGGAAAACUUAUUUAUAUACAAGCAAUUGACUUUGAACAAAAAAUAAUUUACGGUGCACUUUAUAUUAGUACUCUUACUUCACUUAUUAUUCUUAGUGCAACUAUUUAUAAAAAUGAUGAGGAUAAGUUGAAAACAUUUCAAAUAGUGUUGAAUUCCCUUAUUUUUUUUGCUGAAAUUACUAUGAUAACAAUUACAUUAUGGAGUAGCAAACUUAAACAUCUUUAUAUUUUUUUUGUUUGGAUUUUUAUAGUUAUAGGUGUAUUAUUAGCUAUUUUGUUACCAAUCUUUAUCAAAUUUCUCCCUACUACUAUUACUGUAUUUUGUGCCAAAGUUG